CCCUGUCGGAGGCCGCGCGUGUCCGUGGCGCGGAGUGUGUGUAGUCAGUGCGGCGCGUGUUGUGCUCAGUGCCGCUCCUGCUGGAGUCCAGCUGCUCGUGCCGAGGCUCGCGCGGUGUCAGUCCCAGAUGAGGUCCAGCGGUCGGCGGCGCUAGAGAUGCGCUCCAAGCAGCAGCCGAGACCCUCCUACCGUUGGCUUGGCACUAACGAGAACGAGGAAUCCACAAGUCCAGAAAGCGGAGUGAAGGAAUUAGGAGGACGCGAACGGGAGGCGCGGGGAGAGGCAGGGGAGUCGCGCUCUCCAUCGCCAGCAUCCCGUGCCUCCCCCACACCCGAAGACCGGGAUAUAGAGCACAGCAUACCAGCUACCCUCAUACAGGAUCCCAAUGCUGAAAGGGAGAGUCCAAGAUGUUUAUCGCGGGAGUCGUCCGGCGCGCCGCGAUGUCCCUCUAACGACUCGGUGUAUUCGGGUCGGAGCGCGCCCAGCCUGCCCUUGCCAGCCGCCCUAUCAGCAGCGUUACCGGCAGCCCUGCCCGCAGCGCUGAUGCCACCCCACUCCGCUGCCGUCGCAGCCUAUCUCGGAGCAGCAGCUGCGGCAGCCCAGCAACGAUUACUCAUGUCCUACCAGGAAGACAUUACGGACGCCGAAAGAGCGGAUGCCGUAUUAGACUUCAGCACUAAACGAAGUGAAUCCCCGGUCGACGAUGAGGAGGAUGACGCCGUUAAUCUCACAAAGAAUGAAAAUGGUCCAUUAGACUUAUCUGUAGGUACUAGAAAAAGGGGGCCAGAGGAUUCUCCAUCUCCCGUCCCUAGUAGAAAAAGUUCUCGUACUUCCGACUUCAAAGCUUUAUCGACACCUUGGUCUACACCGGUCGCGCCACAUCUUCCUUAUUUUGCUGCCGCCGUUGCUGCUGCAAGCUUAUCACCAAAAGGUGGAGUUCCAGCUGAUUGGAAUGGUAAACUUAAACAUGGAGCGCCUACACCAAGCGAUGCUACUAAAGCACUGGAAAAAAUGAGCGAAUUGAGUAGAUUAGGUGGAGAAGAACUUUUUAGAUCUGUUCAAAGUGCAGCUUUGGGUGCAGGUCUUACACCAAAUGCAGCUGCACGACAUUCAGCUUGGCAAUCUCAUUGGCUGAAUAAAGGAGCAGACCAGACAAAAGAUGUCCUAAAAUGUGUAUGGUGCAAAAAGAGCUUCAAUUCACUUGCUGAUCUAACUGUUCACAUGAAGGAAGCUAAGCAUUGUGGAGUUAACGUUCCUGUACCCCCUUCAACUGGAGCUCCGAUUCCUCCUUCACUACAACCACCAUCAAGUUCGCCUUCCACGCCAUCCCAUAAUUCGUCGUCCUCGAGUGGGUCGUCAAAACCAAACCAUAAUGAUUUAAAUAUGCUUAUAAAAGAAAACAUGCCGAUUCCUAGAAAAUUAGUACGAGGUCAAGAUGUUUGGCUAGGAAAGGGUGCAGAGCAAACUAGGCAAAUUCUAAAAUGCAUGUGGUGUGCAGAAAGCUUUCGUUCCUUAGCUGAAAUGACGAGUCAUAUGCAACGCACUCAGCAUUAUACUAAUAUUAUAUCACAGGAACAAAUAAUUUCCUGGAAAUCCUCAGAUGAAGCUAAGGGAUCUAACUCUAGCACCCCGGGUACAAAUAACGCUGUUCCUCCAACAACAGGAACAAGUAGCCAUGUUAGCGCGGUAUUAACUUGUAAGGUUUGCGACCAAGCGUUUAGUUCCUUAAAAGAGUUAAGCAAUCAUAUGGUAAAGAAUUCUCAUUAUAAAGAACAUAUUAUGCGAUCUAUUACGGAGAGUGGUGGUAGAAGACGCCAGACACGCGAAAAACGAAAGAAAUCGUUACCAGUAAGAAAAUUACUUGAACUUGAACGAGCCCAACAUGAGUUCAAAAAUGGCGAAGGUAACGGUGUUCCCAUGGGAAAACCGAUUAGGGAUUUCGGUGCUGGUAGCCGUAUUACUUGCGAAAAAUGUGGAGACAAAAUAGAGACUGCUGUAUUUGUAGAGCAUAUUCGUCAAUGCAUUGGAUCACCAAUGUCAAACACCCAAAGGAAUUUUCUAAAAAGUGCUCUUCUUUCUAAUAAUAUUAUUCCACCUGAUGUACCUGGCCAUAUCACCCCCACUAGUCGCGAUGGUCGAAAAAGCAUUAACGAGGAAAUUCCAUCUCCUGGUUCAGCUCAUCACCGUUCUCCUUCUUCGGUUAAUGAUUCUUCUCCCAGUUCCAAAGAUCAUAAUGCCAGCAACGACAAAAGUUCAUCUCCAUCGGUGCUUAAUGCUAUAGAACAAUUAAUAGAAAAAAGCUUUGAUACACGCUCCCGACAUUCAGUACGUAUACCAGGUGGAGCUUCACAUGCUCCAAUCGGGUCAAGUAUCCUAAAAAGGUUAGGAAUAGAUGAAAGCGUAGAUUAUACCAAACCGUUAGUAGAUCCUCAGACGAUGAAUAUGCUUAGAAGUUACCACCAUCAACAGGGAUACGGUCGCCGUGAACGCAGCGGUAGUGAGUCUAGUUCUAUGUCAGAAAGGGGUGGUAGUAGGGUUGAAUCUCUAACCCCAGACAGGAAGCUGGAUUCCUACCACAUGACGCCUCGUACUACUCCUGAUACUCGAGGCUCUCAAACUCCGGCAUCUGAGGAACGGCUCACUGAGGUUAGGAUAAAAAAAGAAGUCACAGAUGAAGAAGAACGCGAAAACGGUGUAGACUUGAGUAGCCAACCAGUUAGAGUAAAAACUGAAGUUGAGGAUGAGGAAGAGCAACAGAGACCAAGCAGUGCAGUUGACGAGGACGUAAAGCCAACUGUUCCAAAACGUGAAAGUGAGGGCCCAAGUCCAGCUGCUAGUCCUCGCAGUCCGGCUAGUGACCGAUCAGCGCCAACGCCCGGUACUGACAGGAAACCGGCUUCCAGCCUAGGAGCUCUCUCUUCUAUGUUUGAUAACCUAACCGGCGGAGGAUCCUCAAACGAGCCAAGUUCUUCUCGUCGCGGAGGCAGUCACCCUUUAGCAGCUUUACAAAAACUUUGCGAUAAAACGGAAACGAAUUCAUCUCGUGCUCCUGCCCCAGCCCCAUCUCCCGCUGGUCCACCCAGCAUCCUUACUUUUAGCUGGGCCUGCAACGAUGCAGUAGUGACUGACUCUAUAAUGAAAUGCGCCUUAUGUGAUACACCGUUUAUAUCAAAGGGCGCUUAUCGGCAUCAUUUAUCGAAGAUGCAUUUCGUUAAAGACGGCGCCCUGCCGGAGCCUGUGCCAGUGAAGGCUCCACCGGCGGCACCAUCCCCAGGACCUCACAAGAGCAGCGGAUCAAACGCGGCCUCACCUCAAGAUCCGAGAAGUCCGUCUCAAUCUUUCGAUGAGAGUCCUCACUCUAAAUUCCUCAAGUAUACGGAACUGGCGAAACAAUUAUCCAGCAAGUACGUCUAAAGGGCGAGGUCGGCCGGCCAUCAGUUGUGAUGAUACCAUAUCCUGAUACUUUGAACCCUUCUAGGGUCUUUAGGUCGCGACGCGACGUUAAGUAUUUCGAAACUCUUUGCCAAUUUAAUUAUUUAGGUAUACGUUAGAAUUCACCGCAUAGUUCGGUUAGUGUAAUUAACGACUAGCGACAUAAGUAUACGCCAAACGUCUUACGUUCGUUUAGAUAUAAGAGAAUAUUUUCAAAAUAUUGCCUUUAGGAGAGAGACGGUUGUCGCGCGGUUGAUUCACCGCGGCUUAUCUUCCACACUAUGUUGUAAUUCCAGUUCGAUAAUUGUAAAUAUUAUAAGUCACCAGUAAGUCUUAAAAGUUCGAUUCGAUCUCUUGUAAAUGUAUAUUUUUUGCUAAUAAUCUAAAUGAUAAAAUUCUUUUAUCGUUCGCCAUGUGUACGCGACUGAAGUCGCCCAGCGGUCGACGUGCGACCGUGUGGUAUCGCAUAGGUCUGUCAGUAUUUUAUGAAAAUUAGUUGCAAUAUAAUUUUUUGAGUUACUUAAUGUAUAUGUAAAUCAGAGUUAGGGUUAACGCGGUUAGACUAUCUAUGUAUAUUUUGAAGCUUUGGGUUGUUCAUUGAGAUCCGUCGAUGUCUGUAAUCUCGGAGAUCAAAUCUCAUUCGUGUCCCGUUCGUCUGUUGUGCGGUGUACAUACGGCGCGCCGGUCAUAGCAUGCAAUACUACAAUCUCCUUAGUGUAAAUUUCGCUCUAGAUACGCUCUCCUCGCGAGGUUGCUAUUUAUUAUUUAGAUUUAAGUAAGUAAUUUUAGGGGACUCUACUGUGAACUCGUGUAUACCAUUGUACCAGCGCAUAGAUCGGUUGGCAAAACCUUAUUGUAUUUAAAAGUGAUACUUAUACAAUUUUUGUUUUAAAGGACGACGACAUUCGUAUACGCGUAGAAUGCUAUGUGUCGAGGUUUCUUCCAAUUGUAACGACAGUUAUACGAUGAUGUAUAUACGGCACUCGAGAGUGAAAAGCUCUUUUAUAUAUUAUAAAAAUAUUGUAAACUUUAUAAUGUAAGUCUCGAAAGAUAUCAACCAAUAAACAAGUGUGAUUCGAUCUCUCGCGCCGACAUGAUACCGUUUCAUAAGAUCAGACGAAACUAGAAACAAUCCGCUUAAUUUAAUUUAAAUAAUGUUACAUACAUUCUAGCAGCACGGGCUCAUGCAUGGCGCUAGAGAUCGAAAAAACAAAACUGAAAAUUUUAAAACUAUAAACAAUCAUGUCAACGAUAAUAAUGAAUAUAUACGAAAAAUAUUAUGUAUACGCUAGCUCUGACGAGAGGACUUUGCUCAUUCUUUAACGAAAAUGGUGUUGAAUAUUGAUUUUACCAAAUUUAAUAAUCUUAUUUAAUAUUUUAUGUUGUAUUUCAAAAUGCAAUUAAAAGCUCAAAGAAAUAUAUAUGUUAAAUACUAUAAA